AUGGUUCAAGCAAGCGAUCCUGACAUUGUAUCAGACUUCCCUGUCCCUGAAAACUCAAUUCCUGAUGCAGACCUUUUCACUUUUUCUGGAAUCCGCGGUGUCACCCCCAUUCCAUUGAACUUCUUUUUCUUGUUGAUUCUUGAGGUUGGUUUUAUUGACACCACAAACAGACUUUUCACUCAAACGCUUUCAAUUGGCGACACUUUCAUAGCAAAUGCUGGAACCAUCUCGGUUCCUACCUCUGUCCUUGCCAAUGGAAUUGAUGGUAUGGUCCUUGCCAAGGCAUUCAAAACUGAUGUUCCCACUAUCCAGAAGAUCAAGACAGGCCUUGCAGCCAAGGCUUAA